AUGCUCAUGAUGAACGAUUUCGGGUCGAUGGGCCCGGGCAACAUGAUGCCGCCGUCGUUCAAUCCCAUGUGUCAGGGGCUGUUCGAGCAUCAAAUGCCCAAGCCAAGGCUGGCGUUCAAGAUGCCCCGAGUGGUGCCCGACCAGAAGAAUAAGUUCCAGACGGAUGAUCUGUUCAAACGACUCAGUCGCGAGAGUGACGUGAGGUAUACAAGCUACAGAGACAGGCCUCACGAAGAACGACAAAACCGUUUUCAAAUGGGUUGUCGAGAAGGACACGUGGACAUCGCUUUCGCCACAACGGGUACAAAUCUGCAACUCAUGUUUACACCGAAUAUGCCGUCGAUGACAUCUUACCACCAACCCACUAUUGGUUAUUGCGAUUUUGAAAAAGAACAAGGAAUGGUCCACAUCCUAUCGCCGUUUAUAAUGAACGGCGUUUGCGUGCAGUGGAAGGGUCGGAUCAAUUUAGAAAAGUUAGACGGCAUCGGAUGUUUGGAAUUCGACGAAGAACGAGCAAUGAUCGAACACCAAAUAUUGCAAGAACAGAUAGAAAGGUACAACAACCGUAUAAAAGACCACCAGGACAAAUCGAGGGUGUACAGACACCAAGAACGCGUUAACGUACCCGAAAUGGACGUCAACAAGAGAUUUAAUAAUUUUUAA